CCUACAAAUUCACACCCAAAAUAUAAAAAUUAUUUUCUUUAAUUCCAAAAAUUACCCAUCAACAUCCAAAACUACCAUAUAAAGACAAGGCUAAAAUAGUAAUUCCAAUAAAACUGUCGGUACUCCAUCUUUAGUCUAAAUCUUUAACCAUGGUUAACUCCCUUCACUGACCUCAUCAUCUUAUUCUAAGCGUCGGUGACUCACUGCACUCCUUCACUGGCAGAGGAGAGAGAAAAUUUAAUUUAGUCGUAUAAAUUAAACCCCUUCACCGAACUAAAAAUCCCCAAAAAUUAAUAAAAUCUCUUUCUAGAGAGAGAAAUUAUACGAAGAACAAUGGCGGAUUCUAGUGAUUCUGUUUCUGUCAAUAUUGAGCCGAUCUCCAUUGAUAGCAAGGAGUAUUAUGUAAAAACGGGUUCGGGUCCGGUUUGGGUAGCUGUUUAUGGUGAUCAAGAUAAGCCAGCACUUAUUACCUACCCAGAUUUAGCUUUAAAUUAUGCAUCUUGUUUUCAAGGAUUAUUUAUGUGCCCUGAGGCUUUAUCUUUGCUUCUACACAACUUUUGUAUAUACCACAUCAGCCCUCCAGGUCAUGAGUGGGGAGCGGCUGCAAUUAAUUAUGAUGCUUCUGAGCCUUCAGUUGAUGAUUUGGCGGAUCAGAUACUCGAUGUUCUUGACUAUUUUGGACUCGGUGAAGUUAUGUGUAUGGGAGUUACUGCUGGAGCAUACAUUUUAACUUUGUUUGCUACGAAAUAUAAACAGCGCGUUCUUGGUUUGAUACUAAUCUCUCCUCUAUGUAGAGCACCUUCUUGGACCGAAUGGUUGUACAAUAAGGUUAUGUCAAAUCUACUUUACUUCUAUGGCAUGUGUAGUGUUGUAAAAGAGAUGUUGGUUAAACGGUAUUUUAGUAAGCAGGAACUUCGGGGUAAUGCUCUUGUACCAGAAUCAGAUAUAGUCCAGGCAUGUCGAAAAUGGUUGGACGAUAGAGAAAGUACUAAUGUAAUGCAUUUUCUGGAGGCAAUUAACAGGAGGCCUGAUAUAAGUGAAGGAUUGAAGAAACUACGAUGUCGAUCACUAAUAUUCGUUGGAGAGGACUCAACUUUCCACUCAGAAGCAGUGCACAUGGCCACAAAACUAGAUAGAAGAUUUAGUGCCUUAGUGGAGGUUCAAGCAUGCGGGUCAUUGGUAACGGAGGAGCAACCACAUGCCAUGUUGAUCCCUUUAGAAUAUUUCCUCAUGGGCUAUGGUUUCUACAGGCAAUCGCACAUAAGUGUAAGCCCAAGAAGCCCAUUAAGUCCAUGUUGCAUUUCCCCGGAACUCCUUUCACCCGAGAGCAUGGGCCUAAAGUUAAAACCGAUCAAGACUCGUGUCUCACUAGAGGUAUGAAUCAAGGUGUAAUAUCCAUAGAAGUCGAUUGUGAUUGUGAUCGUGAUAUAUACGCUCUAAGGAAUUAUGUUAGACGGUUUUUUGUCUAGUAGGAAUGAAGAUGGGGGGUAUAGGAGGGUUGUAGAUAUGAAAGCAGAAGACAAAUAUUAAACUAUAGAAGACAGGACAAGAAUAAUAAUUAGUCUGGAAAGGUUGAGAUUCAAAAAUUUUAUUAAUUUUGUAAGCAUAGAAUUUAUUUUGAGGGGAGGGGGGGUUGAGUUGUGUGUAAAUGUUUGGAAUAAUGAUUAUGAUGAAGGAAAGAAAUAAUAAAUGGAAUUCUUUGGGGCUGGAAUAAUAAUUAUCUUUCUUUUGAUACAAACAAUUUCUAUAUUUUCUUCAAGCUUCAAACAGUGUACGUCAAAAUGUUUUGACUUUA